CCUGUCGCCGUUGAGAUGCUGCUGCUCCACAGAAGAUGGCUGAUGCCACCACAGUGUCAGACAAGGUCCUCUCUUGGACAGUGUUGGCCCAGGGUCUUUUAUUCUGAAGCCCUGCCCGUGUUUCCGCCGGGCACUGUGACGUCACGGCUCCGGCUGUGUACGGCGGCUCGCUGGGGUCAGGUCGCGCCGCUCGUGCUGACGAUGGGAGACGUUCUCUGCGAGGAGCUCGAGGAUUUGGUUCAUUUCUCAGUUCACGACCUGCCGGCACGAGGCUAUGUCGUCAUGGAGGAGAUCCGACGUCAGGGGAAACUCUGUGACGUCACGCUCAAGGUCGGGGAUCAUAAGUUCAGUGCUCACAGAAUCGUCCUCGCCGCCUCCAUUCCAUACUUUCACGCCAUGUUCACCAAUGACAUGGUCGAGUGUAAACAGGACGAGAUCCUGAUGCAGGGCAUGGACCCCAGUGCUCUGGAGGCUCUGAUCAACUUUGCGUACAGCGGCCAUGUUGCGAUCGACCAGCAGAACGUUCAGGCUCUUCUGAUUGGCUCCAGUUUCCUGCAGCUGCAGAAUGUGAAAGAUGCCUGCUGCUCCUUCCUCCAGGAGAGGUUACAUCCAAAGAACUGUCUGGGGGUCCGUCAGUUUGCAGAGACCAUGAUGUGUACGACUCUGUACGACUCCGCCAACAGUUUCCUCCACCAGCACUUUGUGGAAGUUUCUCUAUCGGAGGAGUUUGUGAGUCUGAGGACGGAAGAACUGAUGGAACUGGUGAUCUGUGACGAGCUAAACGUACGAGCUGAGGAACAGGUUUUUGAGGCGGUCCUGACCUGGGUUCAUCACGACCGUGACCUCCGAGAGUCUCUGCUGCCGGAGCUUCUGUCAAAGAUCCGACUUCCUCUGUGUCGACCUCAGUUCUUGUCUGACCGAGUUCAGCAGGACGAGCUUGUUCGCUGCUGCCACAAGUGCAGAGAUCUGGUGGAUGAGGCCAAAGAUUUCCACCUGAUGCCGGAGCGUCGUCCUCACCUGCCGAUCUUCAAGACGAGACAGAGGAGCUGCACUUCCAUCACUGGACUCAUCUACGCUGUGGGAGGACUCAACAGCUCAGGUGACUCCUUAAACGUUGUUGAAGUGUUUGAUCCAAUCGCGAACUUCUGGGAGCGCUGUCAGCCAAUGAGGACAGCUCGCAGCAGAGUGGGUGUGGCUGUUGUCAAUGGGCUGCUCUACGCCAUCGGUGGUUAUGACGGCCAAUCACGGCUGAGCACGGUGGAGGUCUACAACCCAGAGACGGACAGCUGGACGCGGGUGUCGAGCAUGAACAGCCAGCGCAGCGCCAUGGGCACGGUGGUGGUGGACGGACACAUCUACGUCUGUGGAGGCUAUGAUGGGAAGUCGUCUCUGAACUCGGUGGAGUGUUACUCUCCAGAGACCGACAGGUGGAUGCUGGUGACGGAGAUGAGCGCCAGUCGCAGCGCUGCAGGUGUGACGGUGUUUGACGGACGCAUCUUUGUCUCGGGCGGCCAUGAUGGAUUACAGAUCUUCAACACGGUGGAGUACUACAACCAUCACACUAACCGCUGGCACCCGACAGCAGCGAUGCUGAACAAGCGUUGUCGUCACGGCGCCGCGGCUCUGGGCAGCCACAUGUACGUGACAGGGGGGUACGACGGGUCGGGCUUCCUGAGCGGGGCCGAGGUGUUCGGCUCGGCCUCGGGCCAGUGGAGCCUCCUGGUGGCCAUGAACACUCGGCGCAGCCGCGUGUCUCUGGUGUCCACGUCGGGGCGUCUGUACGCCGUGGGUGGCUAUGACGGACAGUCCAACCUCAGCUCCGUGGAGAUGUACAACCCCGACACUGACCGCUGGACCUUCAUGACCCCCAUGGUCUGCCAUGAGGGGGGGGUCGGGGUGGGCUGCAUCCCCCUGCAGCCUGCCUAAACCGUCCAAUCAGAGGCUGAGGACUGAUGCGUUACUGCCGGCUGCAGGCAGGGAGGCCCCGCCCUCUGGUGGCGUUCGCUGAGCUUUAUCGGUACGACGGCCGUGCUCCGCCCCCACACUGACGCCGGGCCUGUGGGAUUAUGGGUAAAGACUGUAGAGCUAGCCCACGAAGGCUAGCUGCUAGCAUUGUGCUGUUAGCACGUGUGUGGACAAUUAUUGAAAAAUAUCGAUUUCAUACUUGAUUGAAACGAUCAAUUGGAAUUCACUUCCUCUCCAGACACAAACAAAGCUGCUGACGAAACACGACCACUGCUCAUCUGUCCUGAUGGGGGCGCUGCAGGACACAGGUUCAGCCUCUGGGGAGUCCGACCUGAGGCACACGUUGAUAUGACAUAAUUUCCUGUGGAUGACAUCAGAGAUGAUGUCAUCCUCAGGAAACCAGAGGCUGCAUAUGUGACGCAGUGUCAAACAUUCGCUGUCUCCUGUGGUUUCCAUGACGACCCCCAGUCAUCCAGUCUGAGUGGAGCUUCACAUAGAUAAUUUAUUUCAUGACAUCAUAAAUAUGGAUUUUAAUUUGACCAAUCAGCUUCGAUAUGAAAUUAAACCUUUAAUAAAACACAUUAAAUCAUCAA